AUGGCAGAAUUUGCAGUUGAAGUAGACAAUCUAACAUAUAAAUUUGCUGAAGCAACAAAACCAUCCGUAAUUGAUAUUAAGUUACAAAUUCCUUGGAACAAAAGAACUUUAGUUGUUGGUGCCAAUGGUGCAGGUAAAUCCACGUUAUUGAAAUUAUUAAGUGGGAAACAUUUAUGUCUUAAUGGGAAAAUCCGUGUUAAUGGAUUGGACCCAUUUAGUCCCUUAUCUAUGCAUCAAGAAGAAGUAAACUCUGAAGAGAAAGACUGGCAAGUGACUACUUAUUUGGGGACCGAAUGGUGUCAUAUGAGCAUUAUUAAUAGAGACAUUGGUGUCUUGGAAUUAUUGGAGAGUAUCGGAUUAAAUCAUUUUAAAGAAAGAGGUGAGAAAUUGAUUGAGAUAUUAGAUAUUGAUACCAAUUGGAGAAUGCAUAGAUUAAGUGACGGACAAAAGAGACGUGUUCAAUUGGCAAUGGGAUUAUUAAAACCUUGGAAAGUGCUUCUCUUAGAUGAAGUUACAGUAGAUUUAGAUGUUAUUGCGAGAUCAAGAUUAUUACAAUUUUUAAAAUGGGAAACUGAAACAAGAAAAUGUUCUGUAAUUUACGCCACUCAUAUCUUUGAUGGAUUAGCUAAAUGGCCAGAUAAAGUGAUACAUGUUAAAGAUGGUCGUAUUGUUUCACAAUUAAACUACACUAAAGAUGUCGAAUUUUGUAAUGAGAUUGAUGGGAAUACUAAUGGUCAUGUUACGUUCCAUUCUAGUACUAAUCAACCUCAUAUAUCGAUUACUAGAGUUAACAGUUUACAUCCUUUAGCAUUAGCAUGGCUGAGGGAAGAUACCGGUGUUUCCAAUGAAGAAAUAUAG